AUGAAGAGGCUGAGGCUCCAGAAAUGGAGCGGCAGUGUUCUCUCACCACGAACGAGACCGGAAACCGUUCAAUUACCCUUUCGCACUCGUCGAAGAUGUCUAGCAACGACGACACCAUUCUCGGAGUUCGACAAUAUCCCUCUAGAAGCUAGCAAAGCCUCCGCCACCGGCCAGUCUGGCAAAUACAACAAUGCCCACAUUCCGAUGACUGAAGAAUCUCUUCUCCAAUUACCCUCGCCUCCUCUGUCGGCUGCGAAGACCUCUGCCAAACUGGCAGCUUUACAUGCUCGGCUUGCUCUCCCUUCACGACUCCCUCUCGAAACACUGGCAAGAACGCUGGUGGAUUCCACAGCUGACCCGUCCCUGCACUUCAACAACAAGCCCUUCCAAGUUCUGGGGAACGAUCUACUGGGAUACUACACGUCAGAAUACAUCAUAAGCCAAUAUCCUCGGCUACCUUUAGCGGUGGUCUUUGCGGCGAUGUAUGCCUACGUCGGACCUGCUGCUCUUUCUUCGGUCGCACAGGGAUGGGGCGUGGAAGCAGCUGCCGCACCGGGAGGCGAAGUCGAUCCUGGAUUUCUCCAGUUCAAGAAAAUUGCCCCAAAGCCACAACCCGAGGCAGAAGAUUCAGGAGUCAUCAGUGCUCGUGAUCCGGUCACAGGGAAUCGAAGAGGAAUGAGUGGGCGAUCAGUGCUGGACGACGCCUUCGGAGAACCCAAAAGGCGAACACGAGAAGAGGAGGGCAUCACGCUGGAGCGAGCCAGAAUGAACUUUGUGCGGGCAGUUACGGGAGCAGUAUACAUGCAUUGUGGGAGAGCGGCAGCGAAGACAUUCUAUCGGGAUCAUUUCAUGUCACGUCAAUUGGAUGUGUCGGCCCUGUUUCAGUUCGCGCAGCCAACGCUAGACCUGAGUCGACUUUGUGCAAGAGAAGGUUUCCGGGCACCUGUGGCCCGAAUUGACAGCGAGACGGGUCGUCGAAGCAGGACACCUGUGUUUGUGGUGGGCAUUUAUUCGGGGAACGACAAACUUGGCGAAGGUGCGGGUGCGAGCCUGGAUGAAGCCAGAACACGAGCUGCGGUUGCAGCCUUGAAAGGAUGGUACUUGUAUAGUCCCACACAAUUCCGAUUACCAAGCGAGAUGGAAGAGCCUGGAGCGGAGAAGUGGACACCCAUCUUGAUUGAUCCAGGGGAUAUCGUGGCUUAA